AUGAAGAUCCUUGUCGAUGGCCUCGAAGUGCUUUUCCCCUACGACUACAUUUAUCCGGAGCAAGUUUUUUACAUGCAGGAACUCAAGAAGAGUCUCGAUGCGCAGGGUCAUGCCAUUCUUGAAAUGCCGUCCGGAACUGGGAAAACUAUCAGCUUGCUAUCGUUGGUGAUGGCUUACAUGACAAAAUACCCACAAAAACUAAACAAAUUGGUCUACUGCUCUCGAACGAUUCCCGAGAUUGAGAAAUGUGUAGAAGAGCUACGAAACCUCUAUGCCUUCUACGAGAAACAAACAAAGGAAGCCCCCGAUUUGAUGGCCGUCGCCAUGUCAGCAAGGAAGAAUCUCUGCAUUAACGAGGAAGUCGCAGCAAUGCGUAUAGGAAGCAGGGUUGAUGGGGCGUGUCAAUCUCGAACAGCUAGUUACAUUCGUGCCAGAAGAGCCGUAGCGCCAGACACGGUACCAUCCCCUUGUGCUUAUUUUGAAAAAAUGCACACACAAGACAUGUAUCAAUUGCCAAAUGGUGUCUACAAUAUUUCUGAUCUCAAAGCGGUCGGUCAAAAAGAGGGAAUUUGCCCAUAUUUUCUCGCGAGAUACGCACUUAACAAGGCUUCGAUUGUUGUUUAUUCGUAUCACUAUAUUCUUGAUCCAAAGAUUGCAGAGCUAGUCUCGAAAGAUUUUGCCCGAAAAACUUGUGUCGUAUUUGACGAGGCACACAAUAUCGACAAUGUCUGCAUUGAAUCAAUGAGCGUUGCAUUGUCGAUUCGAUCAGUUGAAAGAGCGUCCGCCGAGUUAGAUCAAAUCGAUAAACUGGUCACAAAAGCAAAACGAGAAAACGCAGCCCGAUUGCAACAUGAAUACGAAAGAUUAGUGGAGGGAUUGCGAAAAGCCGAGCAAGAAAGAGCAAAUGACGAACGACUCGCAAAUCCCGUACUUCCAGACGCAGUGUUAAAAGAGGCAAUCCCUGGUCAAAUUCGCGAUGCCACUCAUUUUGUUUCAUUCUUGAAGAGAGUGGUUGAGUAUGUUCGUCAUCGACUACGUACAUCACAAGUGUUAAUCGAAUCACCGGCCGUCUUCUUGAAAGAUAUUCAAGAUCGCAUGUUUCUUGAUAGGAAGCCUUUGAGAUUUUGUGCUGAACGUUUUUCGAACCUCGCAAAGACGUUAGAGAUUUCCGAUUUAGCAGAAGUUUGGGCACUUUCUCAAGUUACGGUUUUUGCAACACUUGUAUCAACAUACUCGAAAGGUUUUUCAGUGAUCGUCGAGCCAGGAGAUCAAAGACAGCUUCCUACUAUCACGUUAUCUUGUAUGGAUGCCAGCAUAGCCAUUCGUCCUGUGCUAGAUCGAUUCCAAACGGUUGUCAUCACAUCGGGAACUUUGUCGCCACUUGAAAUCUAUCCAAAAAUGCUUGACUUCGAUCCCUGCGUUAUGGCAUCGUUUACAAUGUCUCUAGCGAGGCCAUGUAUUUCUCCAUUGGUUGUGAGUAAAGGGAAUGAUCAGGUUGCCGUAACAUCUAGAUUCGAGUCACGUGCUGAACCAUCAGUCAUUCGCAACUAUGGCAAUUUGGUCAUCGACAUGGCAAAAAUUGUACCCGAUGGAAUUGUGGUUUUCUUUACUUCCUAUUUAUAUAUGCAAGCCGUUAUUUCUCUGUGGUACGAUCAGCAAGUGAUUGACGAACUAAUGAAACAUAAACUUGUGUUCAUUGAGACAACGGAUGCUAAAGAAACUUCGGUCGCUCUGGAGAAAUACGUGGAGGCAUGCGAUUGUGGACGCGGAGCAAUACUUUUCUCGGUGGCCCGAGGAAAAGUUAGUGAGGGAAUCGAUUUUGCGCAUCAUCUUGGCCGCUGUGUGAUCAUGCUUGGAAUUCCCUACAUGUACACAGAAAGCAAAAUUCUUCGGGCUCGGCUCGAAUAUCUGCGCGAUCAAUUUGGAAUUAAGGAAAAUGAUUUCCUCACUUUCGACGCAAUGCGGCACACAGCCCAAUGCAUGGGUCGGGCUCUUCGUGGAAAAACAGAUUAUGGACUUAUGAUAUUUGCAGACAAGAGAUUUUCUCGAGCGGAUAUGAGAAGCAAGCUACCUCGAUGGAUUCAGGAAUAUCUUGACACCGCAAAUACAAAUCUCUCCGUCGAUGAAGCCGUCCAACUUGCAAGACGAUGGCUGCCACUUAUGGCUCAACCAUUUCAAAGAAAGGAUCAAAUCGGCGUAUCUCUUCUUACACAGUCAAUGGUCACUGCUCAAGUAUUAGCGAAGUUUUCAAAAGUUGUGGAACGAUACGAU